UGCAAAUAAAAACUGACAGUGCUGCUGCAAUUUUAGCAAUAAGAGAUGCACUAAGUAAAAAGAGCUUCAAUAAAGGACUUAAAAGAAAAAACAAAACAAUUCUCGACAAUAUUACAGAAAUAGUUCAUUUCAAGUCACUUAAUUUAGAGUUGGUAAAGAUUAAAGCACAUUCAG